AUGGAUGUACUAAACACAACAGAAUACAACUGCACUUCAGGACAACUAUCAAAAGGGAUCACAAGCCAAAUUCUAAUUUCACUGACACUCUCUAUCUUGACAAUAAUGACAACUGCAAUUAACUCUCUGGUAAUCGCUGCAAUAAUUGUGACAAGGAAACUCCACCAUCCCGCCAACUAUCUGAUAUGUUCCCUUGCUGUAACAGAUUUUCUGGUUGCUGUCCUGGUCAUGCCUUUCAGUAUCAUGUACAUCAUGAAAGAAACCUGGGUUAUGGGUCAAGCUGUUUGCGACAUCUGGUUGAGCGUAGAUGUUACGUGUUGCACAUGUUCAAUUCUACACCUUGCAGCAAUUGCUCUGGAUCGCUACAGAGCUAUUACCGAUGCUGUGGAAUAUUCCAGAAAACGAACGCCUAAGCAUGCUGCUUUUAUGAUUGCUGUAGUAUGGAUCAUAUCUAUCUUUAUCUCUAUGCCGGCAUUGUUAUGGCGGCACCAAAUGCACAACCGCGAAGAUGAAUGCAUCAUCAAACAUGAGCACAUUGUUUUUACGAUUUACUCCACAUUUGGAGCCUUUUAUAUCCCGCUGGUGUUGAUACUUAUUCUUUAUUAUAAAAUUUACAAAGCUGCAAAAUCCUUAUAUCACAAAAGAAAUAUGAGUCGAUGUGAGAAAGAACAGAACGGCCAGGUUCUUCUGGAGGCAUGUGGGAAAAGUUCCACCUUAUGUAUAGCGGAAAAGUCUUUCUCGGACCACUCGACAGAUUUUGAUAAGAUCCAUAUUACAAUAAGAAAUCCGUUAACUGAAAUGAAACACGAGAAAGCCUUGAGGAAACAAAGGAUUUCCAGCAAUAGAGAACGCAAAGCUGCCACCACUUUAGGCUUGAUCUUGGGGGCGUUUGUGGUUUGCUGGCUUCCAUUCUUCGUUAAGGAGUUUAUCGUAAAUAUUUGUGAUGCAUGUUAUAUAUCUGAUGACAUGUCCAACUUCCUCACGUGGCUUGGAUACCUCAAUUCCUUAAUCAACCCCCUGAUUUAUACCAUCUUCAAUGAAGACUUUAAAAAAGCAUUUCAAAAACUAAUACGCUGUAGACAUUACCUAUGA